AGCCCGGGGGGAUGGGGGCAGGUGGAGGGGACGGUCCAGACGCAUAUCAUCCACGGUCCCUAGGGACCGGAGGGACUUGUGAGCUGAAGCUCAGAAUUCCGGAGGUGGAGAAGACAACGCGUCCUCUCCAAUCCCCGUAAGCACCGCCGGCUCCGUCCUGCGCCCCAUUACCUUAGGCAACCCCCUGCCCACGGGUUACUCUGCAAACUCAGCCGGGACGGACCCUGUCGCCGCCGCCCCCUAUUGCCACGUCUUGGAUGUGCCAGCGCCUCUGGCCGUGGCCCGCUAACCAGCCUCUCCCUGGCCGGCUCCCGCCGCGCCCCCUCUCGCUUGCCUCCUCCUCCUCCUCCUGCUCCCUGACCCCCUGCUCCCAGGACCGCAGCGGGAUGGCUGCCCAGAGCGCACCGCGCUUCCUCCUGACCUUCGAUUUCGACGAGACCAUCGUGGACGAAAACAGCGACGACUCGAUUGUGCGCGCGGCACCGGGCCAGAGGCUGCCCGACAGCCUGCGGGCCACCUACCGUGAGGGCUUCUACAACGAAUACAUGCAGCGCGUGUUCAAGUACCUGGGUGAGCAGGGCGUGCGGCCGCGGGACUUGCGCGCUGUCUACGAGGCUAUCCCGCUGACGCCGGGCAUGAGCGACUUGCUGCAGUUCGUGGCCAAGCAGGGCACCUGCUUUGAGGUCAUUCUCAUCUCGGACGCCAACACCUUCGGAGUGGAGAGCGCGCUGCGCGCCGCCGGCCACCACGGUCUGUUCCGUCGCAUCCUCAGCAACCCGUCGGCACCCGAUGCACGCGGCCUGCUGGCGCUGCGGCCCUUCCAUUCACACAGCUGCGCGCGCUGCCCCGCCAACAUGUGCAAACACAAGGUGCUCAGCGACUACCUGCGCGAGCGGGCCCGCGAUGGCGUGCACUUCGAGCGCCUCUUCUACGUGGGCGACGGCGCCAAUGACUUCUGCCCCAUGGGGCUGCUGACGGGCGGCGACGUGGCCUUCCCACGCCGAGGCUACCCCAUGCACCGCCUCAUCCAGGAGGCACAGAAGGCCGAGGCUGGCUCCUUCCGCGCCAGCGUGGUGCCCUGGGAGACGGCGGCCGAUGUGCGCCUCCACCUGCAGCAAGUACUCCAGUCGUGCUGAGGACUGCCGCUGGCUGGGGGCGCCCCGGAACACAGGGGACGAGGGCCGCGUUGAGCCGGACAUUUCCUGGGAGGCGUGCGGGGAUGGGGGGAUGGUCCUCCCCGGUUAUUCCCAUCUAUGCAGUGAGCUCCUCCCAGCUGCACCACAAACCAUUCAACUGGGGAGGAUGGUGCGCCACGGGGGUGAUGCGAACACCUGGGUUAACAAUGGUGCCAUCCUCCGCGCAGGGCGGAAAGUGACCACCCCCUCCCUAGCCACACACACUCCUUGCUCGGCCUCUUUACGACCCCCUGCCCCAUCGUCUAUCCUAGGGGCAUAAAUAUCCUAACACCCCCGCGGAGAAGGUCCCUGCUGCUGCGUGGUCCCCUCUGCGAUGAAGUAUUCGCUGCUGCAUUUCCUCCCUGGGUCCGCCCCGCCAAGAGACGGUACGCGGUAGCCCACCCCCGACUCAGGUCCAGCCCGCCGGGACCGCGCGGCUGCGUGCGCCCCAUGUUUCCUCCGCAAACACCACACCAAAGCCGUCCUUCCCCACUCCCCACACCCUGCCACCCGUAUGGAACAGAAAGCCAUGAUGUUUUUAAGCAGAGCCAGGGAACCCCGUGUCCCCCGCCCCUCUGGUGUUAGAACUAUAAAGCAGGUGAAGGGGAA